CAUCUUGGGCUCAGGUUUGCCUCUCAGGCUGUUCGCGCGGUCAUGCCAGGGUUGUCGGACGUCGCUGCACGUAUUGUCGGACGUCGUUCUGCUGGACUUUGCCGACGGGGCCAAGGCGACGCUGUCGGGCGCUGCCGACGCGGCCGUGCUGGCCACGUCCGACACACGUCGGACGUGGCCGGGGCCAGCACGUUCUCGAAGUUCGACGCCGCGGCCAAGGCCGCGACGUUCUCACUCGUCUUCGACGCGGGCCUGCCGAUGUGGGAGAAGCUCGCCGAGAUGGUCGAGAGGGAGGCGCAGAGGCCGACGAGGCUUCUCGACGUCGGGUCGGGCCCGGGCGAGCCGGGCUGCUACCUCGCCGCCAGGCUGGGCUGCGCGGCGGUCGUCUCGGACGUCGUGCCGCCGAUGGUCGCCGCCGCAGGCCGGCGCAUCGAGGCCCGGGGCUCGAGGGGCGUCGAGGCGAGGGAGCUGGACCUCCAGGACCUGUCGAGCCUCGAGCCCGAGUCCUUCGACCUCGUGAGCAGCGCGCACGCGUACCCGUUCGCGCUGGACAAGCCCAGGGCGCUGGCGGAGGCGCUCCGCGUCCUGAGGCCAGGCGGCCUCUUCGCCGGCGUGGUCUGGAAGUCCUUCGAGCUCCUCCCGCUCGCCGGCGCCAUGCUGGGCGCGGUGACGGGCACGCCGCCCUCGCCGCCGCCGGAGGGCGCGCCUCCGCCGCCGCCGGUCUCGCUCGGAGACAGGGAGGCAUUCGAAGGGCUGCUCUCGGGCGCAGGUUUCGAGCCUCGCUCGUGGACCGAGGACGAGGUCACCUUCGCCAUCGACGACGAGGACCUCGCCGCGAAGUACUGUGCGCUGCCAGUCUGGGACAGGCUCACCGAGCUCAGCCAGGGGCCCAUCCCCGACGCGUGGGAGAGGUACGCGGCGGCGUGGCCCGAGGUCUGCGCGGCGAGAGGGCACCUGAGCGACGCGGGCUUCACCAUCGGCGGCGUGUACUGCGUCGCCGUGGCCCGGAAGCCCGCCGCCUCCUGA